GACAGAGGACAGAGAAGGAGCCCGAGGACGUGCUGUGUAUCCUUCAUCCUUUCCCCGCACCGAGAGGCGAUGUGUGACUCCACUGAGAGACGUCAUGGGCAGACAGGGCCCCGGGGCCCCUUCAGUGUCAGGUAGCCGAAGGACGCAACUUCUGGUGCCCAAAUGCGCAGGGAAGGCGGUGAUGGAUGGACUCCAGUCGGACGCACAAUUGUGAAACACUAUGAAGGCAAAACGUCCAGCAUCUGAGGGUCUCUGGGCGCCGCAGUGAGAGCCAUGGAUCACCUUUUCCGGAGAAAGCGGGUGGGUCUGCUGAAGCCGCUGCUGAGUCUGUCUCUCGUCUUCGCCUCUUUUCUCAUGAUCCACAAGCUGAAAGUGGCAGAGAAGGACGGAGUGGUGGCUAAACAUGCGAGGGACGCCGGUUGGUGCAGCUCCGAGUGUUUCUCACUCAAGAAGGGAGUCGUGAAAAAUAAUUUGGAGAGCUCGGACUCUCCGGUGCUUAGCAACGAAGUGGAUGCGCAGCGGGUCUCCAACGGGACUCCGGCUUCCUGGGACGCGCAGGUUCUCAACUGCACUGAGGACUCGUCGGUGAGGACGCAGGACUGGUUCCGACGGUUAGACCCCAGGUUUCACCAGUUUGUCCUGCACAGACACUGCAGGUACUUUCCCAUGCUCAUCAACCACCCGGAGAAAUGCGCGCGUGGAGAGGCGCACCUGCUCAUGGUGGUCAAGUCCGUCGUCGAGCAGCACGAUCGCCGGGAGGCGGUGCGCAAAACGUGGGGCAAGGAGCACACUGUGGAUGGGAAGAAAAUAAAAACUUUAUUUCUCCUGGGGAGCCCGACGACUGGCAAAGACACCAAGAACCUCCAGAAACUGAUCGAGUACGAGGACAGGAUCUACGGGGACAUCCUGCAGUGGGACUUCAUGGACACCUUCUUCAACCUGACCCUGAAGGAGGUCAACUUCCUCAAAUGGUUCGACAUCUACUGCGCCGACGUCCAGUUUAUAUUCAAAGGAGAUGAUGAUGUGUUCGUGAACCCGCAAAACCUGCUGCAGCUCAUCGGCUUCAAAGUGGAGGAGCGCAAAGAGGCCGACUUGUUCGUAGGGGACACCAUUUCUAAGGCGAUCCCCAUCCGAAACCGGCAGAGCAAAUACUACAUUCCCAAAGAGCUGUAUGAUAAGCCAUAUCCACCUUACGCUGGAGGAGGGGGGUUCCUCAUGUCCUCCCAGCUGGCCAGGAGGCUCUUCGUGGUCUCGGAGGACCUUGAGUUGUACCCCAUUGACGAUGUGUUUUUGGGGAUGUGCCUGCAGAAGCUUCACUUGGCCCCAGAGAUGCACCCGGGCUUCAGGACCUUUGGCAUCACUCGACGCAAGGUGAGCCCCAUGAACAGCGAGCCGUGCUUUUACAAAAACCUCAUCGUGGUGCACAAACUGAGCGCGCAGGAGCUGCUCAGGAUGUGGAGCGUGGUGCACAACGAGGAGCUGAUUUGCGCGCAAAGGGUGUCCAUAUAACUGUCAAUGUAUGUAUAUAAAGUAAAUGGACUUACCAAAGCUAACUGAAUACAUGCAAGACUUGUUUUUAAUUGAUUAUAUGUGAUGAUCUUUACUGAAUCUACUGAGUCAUGUUGAGGGAGGCGGACAAAUACACAUUUCCGCUGAUGGAUUUGAUACUGUACAGCACACCCAGAUUUAGCAUUUUAACGUUUUCUGUAUGUCAUGUUCCAACUCUUCUGAACAGGUUUACUCUUCACUAUUGCUACUUUGAUUUUCCAUUUUGUAAAACCACUACAACUCCACAGUGCGCACGCAUCGCAGGAAGGUUUCUAAUUCAUGGUGCCAUUUCCAGUUGUACUUUGAUCAUUCUGUCAUCUUAAUCUGAGAUCUAAUGUUGAGGCAUAGAGACAUGGUUGUAAUGGUUUUAGUGCGUGUUUGUGCAGGCAUAAAUAAGACUGGACUAGUUACAUCCAGGUGUUCCUCUUUCUGAAACAGCUGAUUGUACAAUCAAAUUCUGAUUUCAGUGUGAAUAUAUGGACUCACAGCACACAUCAUGGAACGAACUGCAUUUAUAGUUGAGUGAUCAUUUUUUAGGGUGGUGAAAUUGUAAAAAAAAAAAAAAUUAAAUGAUUAUUUUAUGUUAAUAUAUUGUUUUAUUCCACCUUUUCUAUUUGUUUAACUGUCAAUUCAUGUGUGAAUGAUUUGCAGAGGCAGCACAUAAACCAAAGAAACUUUAAGGGCUGUAAUACUGCAGAUUUCUGUAUGAUAAUGUAAAUAAAACUGGAGCUCUCUGUCAACGAA